AUAUCAUCUACUCUUAAUAUCAUACCAGCUUAUCUUACUAUUCUGCAUAAUGCUUUACCCCAAAAUUAUAAUUAUAUUGUUAAUUCUUUUGAAGCAGUUCAACCUUAUAGUUUUUUAGGUACACAAACAGAACUAUUUAAGUUAAACUUUCGCAUAAAUACUCGUACAGUUGAAA